GCAGCCCUUUCUGCUUCAUGGCACACAAAGACCGUAUUUGCUCUUUUCACAGUCUACUGAAACUCGCCCAAGCUCGUACAUUCAACUCAAAGCCAGGAUCAAAGACAGUUAUGGAAUACAGUUUACUUGCUACAUUUAAAUUUGGUCUUUUCUUAUUUAUAUCUUUUAAAAAAACAUUAUAAAUUCAAUCGUCGUUGCCGUUCGUACUGGAUAUUCAAAUCAUUUUCCGAAUGGUUUUAAAUAUGUGAAAUGUGUGACAUAUUAUUGGAAACGGGACUUUAACUUAUGCAAUUCUUUUAAAUUGUCUUCAGUAUAAACCAAAUGCCUGUAGUGGACUUUUAAACGUGUACUGUAGCUACCUUGCCGUUGCUGGAAUUGCUGUAUGUGGAAAUGUCAUUAGACGUAGUUUCCAUACUGGGUUCCUAUACAGCACAACGUUCACAAUGACUACCUACUUUCUGAAACAGCAGGAGACAUGGGUUCAACGUUAUUCCAUCAGCCGCCGGGGAUAUGCAAUGGUUCAGAAUUUGCCUAGUCGCAGAGUACUUGUGUCGCUUCUUCUUGGGCUGGCGUUUUCUACUUUAUCGGUCCCAAAAACACAAGGCGCUAGCCUCGUUCAUUCCAAACCAAGCCACCUCGGCGUAUGUCCCAACCAGCUGAACUCUAACCUGUGGGUGGACGCCCAAAGCACUUGUGAAAGGGAGUGCAAUGUUGACCAGGACUGUGCUGGCUUUGAAAAGUGCUGCACGAACGUGUGUGGUCUGCGGAGCUGUGUGGCGGCUAGAUUCUCUGAUGGUUCCCCUGCCCAGCCUGACAGCCAGGGUGGAGGAGGUGGGGCUGGGGCAGGAGGCGGGGAUGGGAGCUUGAGCUGCCAGAGCUUCAUGUGCAGCCAGCAGGGGGCGAGCUGCGACAUGUGGGAGGGCCAGCCUGUCUGCAAGUGCCGGGACCGCUGUGAGAAGGAGCCCAGCUUCACCUGCGCCUCCGACGGCCUCACUUACUUUAACCGCUGCUACAUGGAUGCUGAAGCCUGCAUCCGGGGGGCCACUCUCACUGUGGUCACCUGUCGUUACCACCUGGCCUGGCCCCACACCAGCCCUAUACCAGUGGACACCACUGCCCACCCCACCCCCACCUCCCCCCAGGAGGAGCCCCUGCCCCCAGCCCUCUACAACAACCCCAGACACCAGUCUGUCUACCUGGGGGGCACUGUUAGCUUCCACUGCGACGUGGUGGGCAACCCCAAGCCCGACAUCACCUGGGAGAAACAGACAGACCACCGCGAGAGCCUGAUCAUGAGGCCUGACCAGAUGUACGGCAACCUGGUGAUCACCAACAUCGGUCAGCUGGUCGUCUACAAUGCCCAGCCCGGAGACACUGGAAUCUACACAUGCACUGCCCGUAACACUGCCGGGAUCCUGCGCGCAGACUUCCCACUGUCUGUGAUACGGCGUACCCAGGAGGAGACAUCAGAGGACGGUCUGGAGAGUGAUGUCAACCCUGGGAUAGAUCGCCCCUUCUCCCCCGGGGACUGCCUGGAGGAGGUUAACAAGAGGGAUUGUGGGGAGAAGCAUGUGGAUUGGUACUAUGAUUCCAAGCAGGCCGCCUGCUUGACGUUCACCCACAGGGGUUGCCAGGGCAGCAGGAACCGUUUUGAGACCUACGAGGAGUGCUGGGUUGCCUGUCAGCGGGAGGGCAUGGGCAUCUGCUCUCUGCCCGCUGUUCAGGGGCCGUGCAAAGCCUGGGAGGCUCGCUGGGCUUACAACUCUCUGAUCAAGCAGUGCCAGGCCUUUGCCUACGGAGGCUGCCAGGGCAACGGCAAUAGCUUCCACAGCCGGGAAGAGUGUGAGGACAGCUGCCCCCAGCGAAAGGGUAGGCCCUGCAAAGCCUGCAAGCCCAAAGGCAAGAUGGUGCCAAGCUUGUGCCGUAGCGACUUUGCCAUUGUGGGCCGGCUGACUGAGCUGAUCGAGGACCAGGAUUCAGGGAUCGCCCGCUUCAGUCUGGAGGAGGUCCUCCGUGAUGAGAAGAUGGGUCUGGCCUUCUUUAACACCCGCCACCUGGAGGUGACCCUGGCCAAGGUUGACUGGAGAUGCCCCUGCCCCAAUGUGACUGUGGAAGAGGGCCCCCUAUUGGUCAUGGGAGAGGUGCAGGACGGCAUGGCCAUGCUCCAGCCCGACAGCUAUGUGCGGCCAGUAAGUGACCGCCGUCUCAAGAAGAUCCACGAGGUGCUGGACAAGAAGACCUGUGAGCUGCUACAACGCUUCCAGGACUAGCCGGUAGCUGCUGAGGAAAUUACAUCUAUAAAAACCCCAUAGAGACUAAAAUAUCCUUGUGUAGUGAAAUGGUUGGUUAAUCCCCAGGCUUGUGGCAUCGACUGCCUCUAUGCACAGGUGAUUCAAUGACAAAUGAAUACACAGGACUAUGAAACUUACUCACUCCAUGGUGUAUAGCUGUGUGUGAGGAGAUACUGGCAAGCACUCGUUCACUAGGGGAGGGCCAUUCUGUAGCACGUUUAAUAGGUUUAGGAAAUAGAUACCAUAUCAAUAUUGCAGAUGUAAUUGCUGUGUAUUAGGAAUUUGUUUUUUUGUUGCUAGGGGAAACAUUAAACUUGGAUGUUGAUUGGCUAGCAUUUUUCUUAUGUCAGCAACUUAAUCCUUCCUGCUAUUGCAUUGGCCAGGAAGAUGUUUUGAUAUAAUCAUUUGUAUCAGCUACAUCAAUAGUACUUUUCAUCGAACUUGCUAAUGCAGUAAUACGCCUGUCAUUGUACCUCAGAUCUAAGCCUACCUCAGAUUAAGUAUUAAAAGUAUUAAAAGAAUAGUUUUUUUGAGAAAGCAGAAUUGUAGUGUAUGUCCUGACACAGAAUCUGUGUUACCUAGUUCAAAAUGUUCGCCUAGCGUAGUUUCAUUCUCAUUGUAUAUUGCAUUUAUUUUAGGGUUUUGCAAAGUAACAUCUGAAUAAACAAUUUAAAAAACA